AUGAUGACGCCGCUGUCCACUGCUGGACCUUCGGACGAAGAUAAACGUCUUAAUGAGGAGCUACUGCAGACGCUACAUUCCUGCGGCCUGUACGAGACAGAAGAACGCCUAGCCCAACGAGGGCGCGUACUUAAAAGAUUGCAUCAUGUGCUACAGGAAUACGCACUCCAUGAGUACGAGACGACCUCAAAGCGCCCACAGCCGCAACUGCAGCUACGCACGUUUGGCUCCUAUCGCCUUGGUGUGCAGAGUCGAGAGGCCGACAUUGACACAUUGUGCAUUGCGCCUCGACACUGCACACAGGCGAGUUUCUUUGACAAGGCACCGAUUCUACUGGAGACGUCACCUAAUGUCACGGGGCUGCGCGUCAUCAGUGACGCGUUCGUACCUGUGAUCAAGAUGAAAGUGGACGGGAUUCCAGUGGAUCUGCUUUUUGUGUCACUGGAUCUGGAUUCGAUCCCAAAAGACCUCGACAUACUGGACGAUCGGUACUUGAAAGGACUGGACGAAACCUCGGUGCGAAGCUGUAAUGGGGUGCGUGUUACGGAACGGAUCUUGCAGCUCGUGCCGAACCCAGACACAUUCCGGACGACAUUGAUUGCCGUCAAGCAUUGGGCAAGAAUGCGAGGGAUCUACUCGAAUGUGUUAGGCUUUCUCGGCGGUGUCAACUGGGCCAUUCUAGUCGCUCGGAUCUGCCAGUUCUAUCCGAAUUUGCUGCCGGCGUCGUUGCUCGCACGCUUUUUCAGGAUAUACCAGAUGUGGACGUGGCCAAAUCCGAUCAUGGUCGACCGGGUUGAUAACCCGCUGAAUCUUGGCUUCUCGGGAUGGAAUCCUAAAAUUAAUGUGCGCGACCGAUUGCACUUGAUGCCAAUCAUUACGCCCGCAUACCCGGCGAUAAACUCAUCGUAUAAUGUGAUGGCUUCGACCCUCCACAUUCUGAAGUCAGAGUUUGGGAAGGGGUUUGAUCGGACUCUAGAGAUUGAGACCAAGCGUGUGCAGAAAACAUCGUGGGCAAAGCUGUUCGUACCUCCAAAGUUUUUCCAAAGGUCAAAACACUUUCUUCGUGUUCAGAUAAUGGCGAAUAGUGCUGAAGACUUUGACGGUUGGUUUGGUUGGGUUGUGUCAAGACUGCGGCAGUUGUUCCUUCGAUUGGAAGCACUCCCGAAUUUGCGAAUAUACCCAUUUGGCCGCUUCUUUGACUUUAUUGAGACAAAGGAUACAUGUCCUAAGAGCUCAUCAAAAUGUGAGGUGCAUACGUCGUGGCUGUUUAUCGGGCUAGGCUUUACUGCCCCAGAAAUAGUUCCAGUGACUGGCGCGACUCAUAGUAUAAACUUGACGAGCGUGAUUCGUGAUUUCGCGUUUUACACGGAUCAGUGGGAGGCCCGUCACGGUGGAAUGGACAUGCAAAUCGAUCAUGUAACGCGGGCAGAGAUCCCUGAAUGGGUCUUUGAGUUUGUGGAAUGUGGUGAGAGCGAUAGUAAGCAUUUGCGAAAGAGGUCGCCAAACACGAAGCUCUCCAAGAAGAAGAAGCGCGACAGUGGCGAUGCUAGCGACUACACCUACGUGAUGAAUGGCACGAACAAGACGGUAGCAGGUAUUAGUCCGACAGAGAGCUCAUCUAAAAAAAGUAAAGGUACGUGA